AUGAGUUCCUCCCGCAAUGAUGCCGGGCAACCCAACCGCAAGCCCAAUCUUCGAGUAACGAUCAUCGCCGCAGAUGGCCUCUACAAGCGAGAUGUCUUCCGGUUCCCGGAUCCCUUCGCUGUCAUUACCGUCAACGGAGACCAGACCAAGACUACAACGGCUCAAAAGCGGACGUUGAACCCAUACUGGAACGAGAGCUUCGAUCUCCACGUGAAUGAAGACACCAUUCUCGCCGUCCAAGUAUUUGACCAGAAGAAGUUCAAGAAGAAGGAUCAAGGAUUUCUCGGCGUCAUUAACGUUAGAAUCGGCGAUGUUAUCGAAUUGGCACCCGACGCAGAUGACCAGAUGCUCACGCGAGACCUGAAAAAGUCGACCGACAACCUCGUUGUCCACGGAAAACUAAUAAUUAACCUUUCUACGAACCUCUCUACACCCGCUCGCGCUGGCCAGGCCUCGUCCAGUCGUCCCUCUCUCGUCCCGCCCGCUCAAGGAUCAAACAUUUCGUCGCUCUCCGCCCCGCCGCCCGACGGCAGACCGGGCUCCGCCAUGGGCGCUCCCAACGGGGGGCCGGUUCCUGGCUCUCAAGUCAAUCUACCGCACCGCCCGGCUAGCAUGACGUCAACCGGCCCUGCGCCUGCUGCAAAUGGAGCCGCAGCUCCCGCGAGAACCACCGCCAGUACUCUCAGCCCGUUUGAAGAUGCGCAAGGCCGACUGCCGGCGGGAUGGGAACGCCGGGAGGAUAAUCUGGGACGGACAUAUUACGUUGAUCAUAACACGAGAACGACUAGCUGGAACAGACCUACUGCCACCGGAGCUGUGGAACAGAGAAACGAGCGUGAAAACGCAACCCAAGUGGAACGCCAGAGACAUCAGAACCGAACGCUUCCCGAGGACCGCACCGGUGCAAACUCCCCGACUCUCCAGGCCCAGCAACAAGCGGCCCAGCAGAACGCGAACAAUGCCACGAUGAUGCAUACCGGCGCCACGAGCCCGGGUACUGGCGAGCUGCCUCCCGGUUGGGAACAGAGAUGGACGCCGGAGGGACGACCUUACUUCGUGGACCACAACACCCGGACUACCACCUGGGUGGACCCUCGUCGCCAGCAAUACAUCCGUAUGUAUGGCGGCCAGAACAACACAAAUGGCACCAUUCAGCAACAGCCCGUAUCCCAAUUGGGACCUCUGCCUAGCGGUUGGGAAAUGCGCCUCACCAACACAGCAAGAGUCUACUUUGUGGACCACAACACAAAGACGACAACUUGGGAUGACCCCCGCUUGCCAUCAUCCCUGGACCAGAACGUGCCUCAGUACAAGCGAGACUUCAGAAGGAAGCUUAUCUACUUCCGCUCGCAGCCCGCUAUGCGCAUUUUGUCCGGCCAGUGCCACAUCAAAGUGCGGCGCUCCCACAUUUUCGAGGAUUCUUUCGCAGAGAUCACUCGGCAGUCUGCUACUGAUUUGAAGAAGCGUUUAAUGAUCAAGUUUGACGGAGAAGAUGGUCUGGAUUACGGUGGUCUGUCCAGAGAGUUCUUCUUCCUCCUUUCCCACGAGAUGUUCAACCCCUUCUACUGCCUUUUCGAGUACUCCGCCCACGACAACUAUACCCUCCAGAUCAACCCCCACUCCGGCAUCAACCCGGAGCAUCUGAACUACUUCAAGUUCAUCGGCCGUGUCGUUGGAUUGGCCAUUUUCCACCGUCGUUUCCUCGACGCGUUCUUCAUCGGUGCCCUGUACAAGAUGAUUCUUGGCAAGUCGGUCGUCCUCGCCGACAUGGAGGGUGUUGAUGCCGAUUUCCACCGUUCGUUGCAGUGGAUGUUGGACAACGACAUUUCUGGCGGUAUCCUGGAGCAGACGUUCUCUACAGAAGACGAGCGAUUCGGUGUCAUGACCGUCGAGGAUCUCAUUCCUAACGGACGUAACAUUGACGUCACGAACGAGAACAAGAAGGAAUACGUUGAUCUUAUGGUCAAGUGGAGAAUCGAGAAGCGUAUCGCGGAGCAGUUCCAAGCCUUCAAGGAUGGCUUCCACGAGCUCAUCCCUCAGGACCUCAUCAAUGUCUUUGAUGAGCGUGAGCUUGAGUUGCUCAUCGGUGGUAUUGCGGAGAUCGAUGUCGAUGACUGGAAGAAGCACACUGACUACCGCGGAUACACUGAGUCUGACGAGGUCAUUCAGUUCUUCUGGCAGACGAUUCGCUCCUGGGAUGGAGAGCAGAAAUCGCGUCUGCUCCAAUUUGCUACGGGUACAUCACGUAUUCCGGUCAACGGUUUCAAGGAUCUCCAGGGAAGCGAUGGACCGAGAAGGUUCACUAUUGAGAAGGCGGGUGAGAUAAACAACCUUCCGAAGGCCCACACAUGUUUCAACCGUCUGGACUUGCCGCCGUACAAGAGCCUCGAGAUGCUGCAGCAGAAGCUCACCAUUGCCGUUGAGGAGACCAUGGGCUUUGGCCAGGAGUAG